GGAGGUCCUUACAUGUCUAGGGAGUAAAAUGGUGGAAAGGAAAGUCAGGCGGCUUCAGUAAAGAAAGAGAUACCAACAGCUUUAUCUCUGGCUCCAAACCUCCUUCGUGUUGACCUUAGCAAGGUAGAAGAACAGCAGCAGUCAUGGCUGAGGGUCUAAAUCAUAAGAAAAACGUAGCCAAGGUCCUAAAUUGCGUAGAGAAAGUGACCUCCUUCGCUUCCUCCAUUGACCCAAUCUUUGGCAUUGUCUCCUCCCUUGUUGGGGUGGCGCGCAAAGGCCUGACUAAAGACGAGGAAAAUCCUCUGGACAAGGACUUCCAGGAGAUCAACAGUAAACUGGAGAGCAUCUCCCAGAAGAACCAACAGUGCUUGAGGCAGAUUCGAAUCAAUGAAGUGAAUGAAAACUAUGGCAAGUACGAGGAGUAUAUCAAACAUCAGUAUGCAGCCUUCAACACCAUGGUGGCAAGGGUGAAGAAAGAUCCAGACGGGACCCAGGAACACAUGGAAGAAUUUGAGAAAACUUAUGAGAGGGACAAGAGUGACUUGAGCCUGAAUGUAUUUUACAACGGUGUGAUGGGUAACGGCACAGUGUUCGGAAGAAGCCUGCUAAAGGUGUACAUGGAAAACUGCGACGGCGAUCUUAAGAUCAUGGAGCACCGCUGUUCACACUUUGCCCACCUGUUCCACAUGGGCCUCAUCGCCCUUAUGGCCUACACAGCUGUCACGGAGGAUGAUGAAGAUGAGGUUCGGGAGAAGUGGUCCAAGAGGGUGCUUGACAUCCAGCAGGAAAUGCAGAAGUGUCUCAGUCAGUGCAAAGACAAGAACUCCUGAACAGGCUGAGAUGAAGUCCUGUGAGCAGAACCAAAGUCUAUCCAUUCAGCUGUGGACCAAUAAACAAAAGACAAUUCAUGUUAUAGUUCAAUAUAUAAUGGAAAAAACGCCAUUUUAAUUUGUUUGAGUUGCACUUGAAAUUCCAUAGUUAGCUACAAUAUCUACGUUAUAUUGUAUGUAAUUUUGAUGUCAGAGACCACUAUAUGAAGCAAAUGCUGUGUGCUAAUAAAUACAUGCUGAAUGUUUUAUACAAUCUCUUCAUUUAAUUAAAGAAUGUGAAAUAUUA